UCCAAAGAGGCUUCACUGCAUCCACCAGGUUGGGUAUGUGUGUCAGCCACAAAGGUUGCCCCGGCCACCAAGUUCAGCCGGGUAAGUGAAGCUACCCGACGAAGGGCAUCCAGUCCCUCUUUAUAUACGACUCGCCGAGCAAUCGCUGUCAUCACUUGCAUCUCCAGACCAGAGCACGCACAUCAUGAGCAACGGCAGGCAUUUGGCUAAAGGUGGGUGGAACCCUCAACUCCAGAUAUCCAUGGAUAUUAAUGAAUCUUCCCCUGGCACAGGCUCACCCACGCCGGAUGUGCCCGAGGAUGGCAUCCUGCGGCUGUACUCCAUGCGCUUCUGUCCCUUCGCCCAGCGCGUGCAUCUGGUGCUGGACGCCAAGCAGAUCCCGUACCACAGCAUCUACAUCAAUCUCACAGAGAAGCCGGAGUGGCUGCUGGACAAGAAUCCGCAGGGCAAGGUGCCGGCUCUGGAAAUUGUCCGUGAACCAGGACCACCUGUGCUCACGGAGUCGCUGUUGAUCUGCGAGUAUCUGGACGAGCAGUAUCCACUGCGGCCGCUUUAUCCACGCGAUCCGCUCAAGAAGGUGCAGGAUAAGCUGCUGAUCGAGCGAUUCGGAGCGGUGCUGGGUGCCUUCUUCAAGGCCUCCGAUGGCGGCGAACUGGAGCCCUUCUGGAGCGGCCUGGACAUCUACGAAAGGGAGCUGAGUCGUCGCGGCACGGAUUUCUUUGGCGGCGAGCAGACGGGCAUUCUGGACUACAUGAUUUGGCCCUGGUGCGAGCGUCUCGAGCUGCUCAAGUUGCAGCGGGGAGAGGAGUAUAACUACGACGAGGAGCGCUUCCCGCAGCUGACUCUGUGGCUGGAGCGCAUGAAACGGGAUCCGGCUGUGAUGGCCUUCUACAUGGAGGCCGAGGUCCAAGCGGAGUUCCUUCGCACUCGCAGCUUGGGUCAGCCGAACUACAAUCUGCUGGUCAAGGAUGCCUAAGGCACUUGGUUUAUUUGAAUUGUUAGCUUGGAAUGAAUAAAACUUAA